AUGUCUCCUUCUAAGGACUCAGAUGAACUUGUUUUCUUUGUGAAUGGAAAAAAAGUCAUUGAGAGGAAUGCAGACCCUGAAGUUACUUUAUUGUUCUAUCUGAGAAAAGUCAUCCAACUCACAGGGACAAAGUAUGGCUGUGGAGGAGGUGACUGUGGUGCCUGUACAGUGAUGAUCUCAAGAUAUGACCCCAUCACCAAAAAGAUCAGUCAUUUCUCUGUUGCUGCCUGUCUGGUCCCCAUCUGCUCUCUCCAUGGGGUUGCUGUCACUACUGUUGAAGGCAUAGGGAGCACCAAAACCAGGAUUCACCCUGUCCAGGAAAGGAUUGCUAAAGGCCAUGGUACCCAGUGUGGGUUCUGCACUCCAGGCAUGGUGAUGAGUAUCUAUGCUCUCCUCAGAAACCAUCCAGAACCCUCAUUGGAACAGUUAACAGAAACCUUGGGUGGUAAUUGAUGCCGCUGCACUAGAUACAGACCCAUUGUGGAGAGUAUGAAAAGUUUCAGCCCUAGUUCAUCUUGCUGCCAAAUUAAUGGGAAUGGGAAAUGUUGCUUGGGUGAAGAAAAGAAUGAGCCAGAGAAGAAAACCAGUGUUGACACCAAAUUAUAUGAAAAAGAAGAAUUUCAGCCCUUGGAUCCAACCCAGGAGUUAAUAUUCCCCCCUGAACUAAUGAGGAUGGCAGAGGAUCCCCAAAGGACAAUUCUGACUUUUUGUGGAGAGAAGACUACCUGGAUUGCCCCAGGAACCCUAAAAGACCUCCUGGGACUGAAAAAGAAGUACCCCAGUGCUCCACUCGUCAUAGGCAACACCUCUGUCGGGCUUGAUUUGAAGUUCAAAGAAGUUUCCUACCCAGUCAUCAUCUCUCCUGCCAGGGUCUUGGAAUUAUACAUAGUGACUAGUACAAAGGAAGGGCUGACACUGGGUGCUGGCCUCAGCCUGACCCAGGUAAAGGAUAUCUUGGCUGAUGUGGUCUCCAGGCUCCCUAAGGAGAGGACACAGAUGUAUCAUGCUCUCCUGAAGCAUCUGAGGACCCUGGCUGGGCAGCAGAUCAGGAACAUGGCUUCCUUAGGUGGUCAUAUUAUCAGCAGACUUCCGACCUCUGACCUCAACCCUAUUUUGGGUGUAGGCAAUUGCAUGCUCAAUGUUGCUUCAGCAGAAGGAAUAUGGCAAAUUCCUCUGGAUGACCGAUUUCUUGCCAGACUACCAGAUGCAAGCCUGAAGCCAGACCAAGUGCUCAUCUCUGUUUUUGUGCCCCUCUCUGGGAAGUGGGAGUUUGUGUCAGCUUUCAGACAGGCCCCACGUCAGCAAAACGCCCUUGCAACAGUGAACUCUGGGAUGAGAGUCGUUUUCAAAGAGGACACAAGCACCAUUACAGACUUCCGCAUCUUAUAUGGAGGGUUGGGUGCCACCACAGUCAGUGCAAACAAAACCUGCCAGCAGCUGAUCGGAAGGUGUUGGGAUGAAGAGAUGUUGACUGAAGCUUGCAGGAUGGUUCUAGAAGAAAUCUCCCUGCCAGUAUCAGCCCCUGGAGGAAUGGUGGAAUACCGACGAACUCUUACCAUCAGCUUUCUCUUCAAAUUCUACUUAGAUGUGUUGAAGCAGUUAAAGAUGAGGGAUCCUUGUGGAUACCCUGACAUCUCCAAGAAACUCUUACAUGUUCUGGAAGACUUUCCUUUGACUGUGCCACAGGGGAUGCAGUCAUUUAAGGGUAUAGACCCCCAGCAGCCCCCGCAAGACCCAGUCGGGCGUCCCAUCAUGCAUCAGUCUGGCAUUAAACAUGCCACAGGGGAGGCAGUAUUUUGUGAUGAUAUGUCUGUCUUGGCAGAAGAACUCUUCCUGGCUGUGGUAACCAGCAGCAGGCCACAUGCUAGAAUCAUUUCCAUUGAUGCCUCCGAGGCCUUGGCAUCACCUGGUGUGGUUGAUGUGAUAACAGCUCAAGAUGUCCCAGGUGACAACGGCAGAGAAGAAGAAAGCCUGUAUGCACAGGAUGAGGUGAUUUGUGUGGGUCAGAUUAUUUGUGCCGUGGCUGCUGAUUCUUACGCUCAUGCCAAGCAAGCCACAAAAAAAGUGAAGGUUGUCUAUCAAGAUGUGGAGCCCCUGAUUGUGACAGUUCAGGUUCUAAGUCACAUAUGUUUGCUCUGUCUAAAAGGGGAAGUACACUUUGGAGGCCAGGAACAUUUUUACAUGGAGACUCAGAGUGUACGUGUGGUACCCAAGGCAGAGGAUAAAGAGAUGGACAUAUAUGUGUCAAGCCAGGAUGCAGCAUUUACACAGGAAAUGGUGGCUCGCACCUUGGGCAUCCCGAAGAAUAGGAUCAACUGCCAUGUGAAAAGGGUUGGUGGAGCCUUCGGAGGGAAAGCAAGCAAGCCUGGGUUCCUGGCAGCCGUGGCAGCUGUCGCCGCACGGAAGACUGGCUACCCGAUCCGUUUUAUUCUGGAGCGUGGGGAUGACAUGUUGAUAACUGGAGGACGUCACCCACUACUAGGAAAAUAUAAGAUUGGCUUUAUGAACGAUGGGAAAAUCAAGGCAGCAGACAUCCAAUUUUACAUCAAUGGAGGCUGCACACCAGAUGACUCUGAACUGGUGAUAGAAUAUGCUUUGCUCAAACUGGAAAAUGCUUACAAGAUCCCCAACCUCCGUGUCCAAGGUCGCGUCUGUAAGACCAACUUGCCAUCCAACACAGCAUUCCGGGGAUUCGGCUUUCCCCAGGGGGCAUUUGUAACAGAAACCUGGGUGUCAGCUGUGGCAGCUAAAUGCCACUUGCCACCAGAGAAGGUUCGGGAGUUAAACAUGUACAAAACAAUUGACAGGACAAUUCACAAGCAAGAAUUUGACCCAGAGAAUCUGAUAAAGUGCUGGGAGACGUGUAUGGAAAAUUCUUCCUACUACAGCAGGAGAAAGGCUGUGGGGGAAUUUAACCAACAGAGCUUUUGGAAGAAGAGAGGAAUUGCCAUCAUCCCUAUGAAAUUCUCAGUUGGAUUUCCAAGGACAUUUUAUAAUCAGGCUGCCGCUUUGGUCCAUGUCUACACAGACGGAUCUGUAUUGGUUUCUCAUGGUGGAGUUGAACUGGGACAAGGCAUUAACACCAAGAUGAUACAGGUGGCCAGCCGUGAAUUAAAGAUACCGAUGUCUUAUAUACACCUGGAUGAAAUGAACACUGUGACUGUCCCCAACACAAUUGCUACUGGAGGCUCGACUGGUGCUGAUGUCAACGGGAGAGCUGUUCAGAAUGCCUGCCAGAUCCUCAUGAAGCGCCUGGAGCCUGUCGUCAGCCAGAAUCCUAAUGGGACCUGGGAAGAGUGGGUUAAUGAAGCUUUUACCCAGAGCAUUAGCCUCUCUGCCACUGGAUAUUUUAGGGGCUACAAAGCUGACAUGGACUGGGAGAAGGGAGAAGGUGACAUUUACCCCUAUUUUGUUUUUGGAGCCGCCUGUUCUGAGGUGGAAAUUGAUUGUCUUACGGGUGCUCACAAGAACAUUAGAACUGACAUUGUCAUGGAUGGAUCUUUCAGUAUAAACCCUGCUGUGGACAUAGGCCAGAUUGAAGGUGCAUUUGUUCAAGGUCUGGGACUUUAUACUCUAGAGGAGCUGAAAUAUUCCCCUGAAGGAGUCCUAUAUACCCGUGGUCCAAACCAGUACAAAAUACCUUCAGUUACGGAUAUCCCAGAAGAAUUCCAUGUGUCACUGCUGGCACCAACUCAAAAUCCAAAAGCCAUUUACUCUUCUAAGGGUCUCGGUGAGGCUGGAAUAUUUCUGGGCUCUUCUGUGUUCUUCGCUAUUGCCGAUGCUGUGGCUGCAGCUCGAAAGGAGAGAGGCUUGCCCCCAAUUUGGGCCAUGAAUAGCCCUGUCACAGCGGAGCUGAUACGAAUGGCCUGUGAGGAUCAGUUUACAGACCUGGUUCCAAAAGUGGAUUCUAAAUGUGGUAAGCCGUGGUCCGUCCCAGUUGCCUAA